UUCUCUUCCUUCACUCUGUUCUCUUCUCGCGAUACACGAACUCCCUAGAUUUUCAAAACCCAUCUCCGUUUUCGUCUUCGGAUCAAACCCUUUUGAUCUCUCGGCGAGUUUUCGCACAAUGCCGUUGCACUGAAUCUCACACCAAAUUUAUAGCUAACAAGAUUUGACGAGUAUCAACGACCCCAACACACCAAAUCGCCAAAAAAAAACCCCUUUUUUUCGAAUGGGGUCGGUACCGUCAACGCCGAGCAAGGGUGGCGCAAUCGUGCCGGAGACGGCGGAGUAUCUAAUCGAGACUUUCGUUGGCGACGAGUCCUUCCCACUUUCAUCGGAGUUUUGGCAGAAAUUGCUGGAGCUUCCUCUCGAUGUUGAAUGGCCCACUCACCGUGUUCAACAAGCUUGCGAGCUAUUGGCCAAAAACAAUAGCCACACCAGGCAUCUUGCAAAGAUCUUGUUCCAUCUAGCAUGCUACGUGCAAGAGUCGAUGUCUACUUCUGGUGUGCCACCCUUGGUUUAUGAAAAGGCUGUUAAUGCAGCGUACAUCAGUUCAGUAUUUUUAAAGCAUUUGAUUGAAAAUGUCCAAGGCGAUACUAUCCAGUUAUACCUGUCUCUUGAUGAUAAUGAUGCUGCAGCUGCACCGAAGGAUGUUUUAGGAGAUCAAACCAUUGAAAAUCUCGUUAUGCGGAAUGUGCUGAACUUUAUAGCAUCAGUAGAAGUGAGUCCCAACACAUUUCUCCUACAUCUAGAGCUGCUUAAUUUCAUGAUUAUUGCAAUGUCAACUCAGCUUCUCUGUGGGCCAUCUCCUGGACCAAAUGAUGUGAACCCAUUUCUUGAUGCAGCAAUGGCUCAGGACAGCUUUCUGGUUAAUUCAGUUGUUCGCAGAUUGCUUCUAAAUUUCAUAGCCCAUCCUAGUGUUCCAUUUAAUAGAACAACUUAUUCUAUCUUUUAUGACGGAAGUCAGAGUAGUGUGCUGCAGAGAGUUGGUUCUGCAGCUGCAAAUAUUGUUUUAUUGCCAUUCAGUUAUUUGGCCAGUUCAAGUGGUGAAAGAUCAAGAAGUCCUAUAGCGGAUAGGAGUCUUCCGGUGCUUCUUGUGCUCAUUCAUUAUCAUAAAUGUGCUGUGAUCGAGGACUACCCUGCCAUUGAGAAUAACAAAUCUUCUGCAUCAGAUUCUUUACUCAAAGAAAAUCCUUAUUUUUCUGACAACCCUUACUGCAAGGCCUUAGAGCAUGCAAUUGAUUGUGAAUUGGAUCGUGUGGAUGUUGAGGGCAAUGCAUACAAUGGUCGACACAUAAAGUUACCUUUUGCUUCAUUGUUUGAUACCUUUGGCAUAUGCUUAGCUGAUGAGGCAGCUGUCCUACUGCUGUACUCAUUGUUGCAAGGGAAUUGUGCCUUUCUGGAGUAUGUUUUGGUGCGGACUGAUCUGGAUACAUUGUUAAUGCCGAUUUUGGAAGCUCUGUACAAUGCUCCGAGGAGGACAGCCAAUCAAAUUUACAUGUUGCUGAUUAUACUUCUCAUACUUAGUCAAGAUUCUUCUUUUAAUGCAAGCAUUCAUAAGCUGAUAUUGACUGGUGUUCCAUGGUACAAAGAACGUCUUCUCCAUCAGACUUCUCUUGGUUCCCUCAUGGUCAUAAUUCUUAUCAGAACUGUACAGUACAAUUUGUCUAAACUACGGGAUGUCUAUCUCCACACAACAUGUCUGGCAACUUUGGCAAACAUGGCACCUCAUGUCCAUCGUUUGAGUGCAUAUGCAUCUCAGAGACUAGUCAGUCUUUUUGAUAUGCUUUCACGCAAGUAUAACAAAUUAGCAGAUCGCAGAGAUAAUAAGCUCCAUAUUGCAAAAGGCAACUCAAUUGAAGGAAACAGUCUUGUAGAAGAUAUGUCAACUGAGUUGCACAUUUAUACUGACUUCUUGAGGCUUGUACUAGAGAUAAUAAAUGCAAUCCUGACUUAUGCACUGCCUCGGAAUCCCGAGGUAGUAUAUGCAGUAAUGCACAGGCAGGAAGUCUUUCAGCCAUUCAAGAAUCAUCCACGCUUCAAUGAACUGCUUGAAAACAUUUAUACUGUAUUAGAUUUUUUCAAUAGUCGUAUGGAUGCUCAAAGAGUGGAUGGUGACUGGUCAGUCAAUGAAGUGCUCCAAGUGAUAAUUGUCAAUUGUCGUUCUUGGAGGGGUGAUGGAAUGAAGAUGUUUACUCAACUGCGCUUCACAUAUGAACAAGAGAGUCAUCCAGAGGAGUUUUUUAUCCCAUAUGUCUGGCAGCUACUACUAUCCCGUUGUGGAUUCACAUUCAACGCAGGAGCCAUAAAUUUGUUUCCAGUUGAUCUACAUACAAAAAAACUUGAAAAUGGGGCGGUGGGAAACACACUCCAAAAUGGUGAUUUUGACAAGCCCGAGUAUCAGCUUGAUCCAUAGCUGGGGGAAGCAACACACGUGGCUGCCGAAGACUUCAGUUCUAUUGGGAAUAUUUGUACAUAUGAAAUAGCUUAUAAGAUUUCUGAAAAAAAGAAAAGGAAAGAAAAAGCUGCUAAGAUAUGUAUAGUUUUCAUUCUUUCUGUUCAUAAAUUUGGGUGUAGAGGUUCAUUCCCGUAGAUGAAAGUGAGAUAUCUAUGUAAUGAAUAAGCGGUGACGCCAAUAUCCAUGUCAUAUCAUAGCUUUUGUAGAUGUGCUCAGUAAUUAACUGUUGUUCGUCUAAGAAUUUUGUUGUUCAU